UUAGUUGGAUAGAGAGACAGUAAAAAGAAAGAUUCUGUUUAUGACGAAGCCAAACCGACGUAAGCGUCAGCACAGGUGGGGGAGGGGGAGAGAGAAAGAGAGAGAGUAGAAGAAUCGCAGUAGGCCUCGAUCCACACGAUCACACCAGCUUUUGUCUUAAAUCCAUUUAAUAGGGACGGGAGUAAGAAGGGUCUGUGAGGGAGACCUUUAACUGUUUCGUUUCGUUUUCUUUCCUUUGUCCAUACCAAGAACCAGAGUAAAUUCGAGUCCAGAUGCCUCCUCUUUCAAUUUAUUAAUUCUUACACAGUCAACCCUCUUCGUUUCUUUCUUCGAUCUUUCGUUUCCUGACUUCUGAAAAUUUUGGAUUUUCCGGAGCUUCUGCUGGUGCUCCCUGUUAGGAACCCAUUCAAGCUAUCUACUGUCUUUUUUUUUUCUGACAAGCUUCAAGCUAUCUACUGUCAGAGCUAGUUUUCUGGGCCUUUUGAAGUUCUGGUUUUUCGCCCUUGCUGAGCCUGUGAUGAAAUGAUGGAAACUGAAGGGGAAUCCAAUUCCCACGAGAUGCACGAGGUGGGUUCAUCUGACAAAACAGUUGUUCCACCUCCACCAAAUUACAAGGCUGAUGUUUCAACUGGAAUAACAGAGAAUAAAGUAAGCUCUACUAUUCUUUUGCAGGCUGAUGUUUCAACUGGAAUAACAGAGAAAACCCCUACUGUUCAACAUUGGAAAAAGAAAAAUCUCUUCUUGGAGAUACCCUCAAGAACAUUGGAGAUCUCCUCUCGGGAUUUUGUGAGAAUAAAUAUGCCCCCAACACCAAGUCCUACUCCCACAAGGGUGAAUCUUCCCCGAACACCAAGCCUUAUUUCUGAUAGAACAAACGAGUCCCCAGGUACCUCCUCAUCUAGAGGAAGGUCAUCUAGAAGAGGCAUCCUACCACGAGUAAGCUUCAAGUACCGGAGUUCAACUACAGACAUUGAGAAGGCAGGUGCCACAGCUCUAGGUACUCCAUCAACGGGGCCUCAGGAGAAGCCCUUCUUUGUCUCAAGGCCCUUGUCCCUUACUAAGCUAUUAACACCCAGGAUGAAGAGACCAUCAUCCCUGCCUGUCACUCCAAUUGCUCACUCAAACCCUGAAUCUACACGUGGAGGAAGCGUUGUUGAUCCCUUAAAUUCAAAUAAGAAGGGAGCCCAACGAAAGAUGUCUCGUUCCCUCUCUGUCCCUGUGAACAACAAAGGAAGAAGCAUAAAGCGAACAGAGUCCUUAGGUGGUGUGUUUCGUGUAAUCCCAUCGACUCCAAGAGUGACAGAAGGGAGCGCUGUCAUGUCAAAUGCAACAACACCCACAGGAGAUGCUGAGAACAAUGGUGCUGAUGAUGAAGAUAUUCCUGUAGAAGAGGCUGUGUGUAGAAUUUGUUUGAUUGAACUUGGUGAAGGACCUGAUACCCUAAAGUUGGAAUGUAGCUGCAAAGGUGAACUUGCACUGGCCCACCAAGAAUGUGCUAUAAAAUGGUUCAGCAUCAAGGGUAACAAAACUUGUGAUGUUUGUAAGCAAGAGGUUCAGAACUUACCAGUCACCCUAUUACGGAUCCAAACUGUCCGUUCUCUUAAUACAAAUGUGAAUAGAUCUCGGCAGAGAGCAGUUUCUCAGUACAGAGUAUGGCAGGAUGUGCCUGUUGUUGUCAUCGUUAGUAUGCUUGCCUACUUCUGUUUUCUGGAGCAGCUUCUGGUCACCAAAAUGGGUACUAGUGCAAUUGCCAUGUCCUUGCCAUUUUCCUGCAUACUCGGUCUUCUUGCAUCCAUGACAUCAUCAACCAUGGUGAGGAGAAGAUUUGUUUGGGUUUACGCAUCAGUUCAAUUUGCGCUGGUUGUUCUCUUUGCUCAUAUUUUCUACUCAUUGCUUCAUGUGCAAGCCGUUCUAUCCAUUCUCCUCUCCACCUUUGCUGGUUUUGGUGUUGCAAUGAGUGGUAAUUCUAUUAUUGUUGAGUUCUUGAGAUGGAGGAGUCGUUGGCACGCUAGGGCAGCUUUUCGACGUGGCUCUCAAGAAGUUCAUCCACCCGAGCCUGAACCCAACCGGCUCCAAAAUGAACCCGGAAAUUAAGAGGACUCACAAGGGAGCUGAAUCAAUAUUGUUGUGGUGGCUAAGUCCAAAAGCUCUGGCCUGUACAGAAAAGUAAUAAAUCUCUGGGUCAUAAACAACAUUAAGUGUUUAUGUAUCUCCAUUUCUGUAUUAUUUGUUACCUUUUUAGUCAUUAGAAAAAUGAAAUGGGUUUCAGUGGUUUUGUACGACUAGUUGAGAAUAGAAUGGAAUUGAAAGAAUUUACAAAAUGAUCUAGUCCCUCCUAUUAUGUAAAACAACAUAUGGGUUCCAUUGUGUUUUUUAUGGAAUUCUGAAAAGAACUGUUCAAUCUGA